AUGUCUUUAUUUAACCAACGAUGUGAGGACUUCGAACCGAACCCUUAUUCGAAUAGCGAGUUGUGGCCGUACAAUGAUCUGUUCAAUCCGUACAACGGGGUGAACCAUACUUUUGCCCAACCUGGAAACGCCUUCCUCAAUAACUUUGCCAGUAGCAACUGCAUUGUGGACCACUCACAGUUCAAUGCUUCCGCUUCUACUACUCUGGUUGGGGAUGAAAACGUAGGCUUGCGUCUAAAGGAAAGAGGCCUUAACAAUUGGGGGGAAAGUCAGGAGAGUGUCCCACCCACUGAAUUGCCUAGUGAAUUUAACUGCCAGAAGACGUUCUCUGAGCCUUCCGAAAGAAAUGCCGAUGGGAUAUUCAAUAUUGACAACUUUUCCGUGACCAGUAGUGGUGAUACAUCGACAGUUGCAGCUCUACAUUCUUCGAUUGAUAACUUUAGCACUGCAAUACAGAACCUAACGACAGAAGCCGGGUCAAUUUCGGAAACAGUUGAGCGACAUUCAAGUGUCAUUGAUGCUUUUGCACUGAAAUUCCAAAACAUCCCCGAUGUACUCAGUGUACUGGAUAUAAAAACCAGCACUAUAUCCAACAGAGUCGAAGGACUAGAGGACAGCCUUCAUGAAAAGAUCGAGAUUAUGUCCAACAGGGUUGACAUAUUGGCGAGUAGUCUUCAUGACAAGAUGGACAACAUCUCUGGCAGAGUUGACAAAUUGGCGGAGAUGGUGGAGAAAGUCGUCAAAUGCGAGCGGCUUGCUAUGGAAAAAUUUGGGCAUUUAACUAAGCGCAUGGAGCAUCCUGUGUCAUUCCAAUCACAGAGUAAGGCCGCCGUUGAUUUGCGACGUCGAAGCCCGCUGGAUCAGAUAUAG